AUGUCUUCCUAUACCUUUACCGGUCCAUGGAUUAACUAUGAUCGGAACAGUGUCCUCGGUGCUACUUUAACUCUAACUGAGAGUGGUGGAGGUUUCCUAACAGCUUUUCUCGGCAUUUUCAUUGUCUUUGUAGGCGGUGGCUUCUGGACGAUUUUCUCCUUCAUCCUUUUCGAAAUCGGAGCUACAAAAAAACCGGUCGAUGGCCUACAUCUUCAACACCAGGUGAUCUUACGCAAUUCUCAGAGUCCUUGGGCAAGUUUCUGGGAGUUCUUUAUGCUACCUUGCGCGUGGGUUAAGAGACCUGCCGAUGGUCCUGUAGGACGACACUUCCAGACACCGCCAAAACAUUUCAUCUUGAAUAUUCUAUUUCGAUGUUGGAGCUUGUCUGUUUGGGGUCUUCUAGUCUUCAUUGGCUGGACAGCAGCUGGCAUACUGUCAUCUGAGGCUUCAAAAUCUGCUGGAACAGACACUUUAAUUCGAUCCUACAACUGUGGCACAUGGGAGAUCCCAAGUGUUAGCAAUGUCUCUAUUCCGCAUUUCGGUUUUAAGCUUCUCUCGGACUCUAUUUCAGCUGCCAGUUAUGCUGGACUAUGCUAUGGAUCCAAUACAAAUGACCCGCGGUGCAAAAGUUUCAUCAAGCAACAAAUCCCUUUCUCAUCCAGGACUGACGCGAAUUGUCCGUUUGCUGAUGGUUGGUGCUGGUAUAAUGACAGCGCGGCGUUAGAGUUGAACACUGGUUUUAUUGAUUCCCAUGAAGAUUUGGGCAUCAAUGCGCCUCCAGAAGACAGAGUAAAGUAUCACCGGGUUGCCACAUGCUCUGUCAUUAAACGCGGCCGGUAUGGAUUGACAAAUACCAGCGCUGGGCCUAUCUAUCAAUAUUUCUACGGCCCCAUUUCUGGUACUUCGCAAUGGACAUUCCAAUAUCAUGAAAUUGAAUCAACCUUCGGCGGUGGAUAUGACUUGAAGUGA